CAUCUCAGCAUUUCAACACCUACUUCAAAUCUUCUGGACGAAAUAUUUGUGCUAACGCUGCAUAUCUUACAAGCUUGAGCUUGAAUCUUGAUAAGUACGGCACUCAUUCCUUCUAUCCGUCCAACUUAUGAUCGAGCCACGCGUUACAGUUCUCCGAAAUCAGUGCAUUCUGCACAAGUCUACUGCGACUCUGUGCAUCGUGUCUAAACGUUAAACUUUUGUAAUGGUCUUAAAGUAGCCUACCCCCUCAUGGUGUCCUUACUGCAAUUUUCUGUCCUUUCCGGGUCAUGGCAUGGCCCAUAGUCCCCAGUUUAUUUACCACGGGAGCCAUGCAGAUUGAUGUGCCAACAUGGAAGACGAUCAUUUUCAGCAACCAUCUUCCUUCGCAAUGUCAACUGAAACGCAUGAUCUGUUGUAAAUGUCGACGUGACAAACAAGAUGAGUUUCUUCUCUUCGAAUUUUGUCAUUGGAGUGCCUCACGGGCUGCGACCACCGUCCUGGUUAUUGACCGCUGCGAGCCAGACCCCGAAAACAACAGCAAUGGGUCAUCUACUCGUACAUCAGGAAUAAUUUCCCCACUGGCUUCUCCAACCUCCACCGCUAUUGAUAAUGUUUUCACUACCCCGAACAUAAAUUCCGCCAUCCAAACCUGCCUGACUAAAGUAUUUGGCUUAUACAUAAAACUUUGUACCCUCCUGUCAGCUGUCAUCCAGAAUACUCCCCAAUAUCUUCUCUACCAGAACCAGUGGUUUGCCGAGACUGUCUGGGAGGCCGCAAACCAACUCUUCUCAGGUGGUGUCGAGGGACCGUGGCUUAGCGGGCGCUCUCUUGUUAUCCUGGGAUCAAGGUAGAGAAGUUAAGUAGCGUGGUAGUAUGCCAGGAAUUUAACGCUGAAUGGGCACACAUCGAAAAUGAAGAGGGACAGGAGAGGCAAGAGGAGGAAGUCCGAGUACAGCAGUUGCGGGACGAGUAUCAGGCAGAGAUAGACCGAUUGCGAGCAGAGAUAGCCGAGUUGGAGAGUCGUUUGGGUGGUGUCACACUUGGUGCAUUUCUAAUAUACUAUCAUCUUCCAGCCAUGUCCUCGCAAUUGCUAUAACAUUAUUAGCAGCUUCCUGGAUUGAUAUACUUUGGGACCACGGAAAUUGGCAUGAUAGCACCAAGAUAGCG